CGCGGCGCGGUGCGUACUGAGCGUGACCACCCUGCAACCUGUUCAUCUACUUGAAACAAGUUUCACAACAAACUGUCAUUCUUCCGAGGUGCCGACGUUUCGGGACAACAUUGGAAUCGGGCAUCUUGUGUCUGAAAACUUUGGCUUUUCCGGGCGAUGUCUGGAUCAUACUGCAAAACUUUGUACCCGUUCAGUGGAGAUCAGCACCAGCAGGGACUGAGCUUCGACGCCGGGGAGAUGAUCAUGGUGCUUCAGUCUCUGCCUGGAGGCUGGUGGGAAGGAGAGAAAGAUGGAACCCGAGGAUGGUUUCCUUCAAGUUAUGUCCAGGUACUGGAGAGAACAGCGUCGCUAAGUCAGCUUCCGCUGGAGGACCUGAAAGAGCCUCUGCCUCCUCACUGGAAGUGCUACAUGUCUCCACAAGGGCGGCGAUACUACGUCAACACCAUGAGCAAUGAGACAACAUGGGAGAGACCCUCCAGUGUUCCAGGGACUCCCAAAUCCUCCUUUCGCCACAAGAGCUCCCUUCCUGCAGUGAACGGGUUUCACUCAGAUGAGAGCCCCUUGCAUCACACGGAACUUCCACACAACAAUAUGAUCCGGCAAGGCAGCACUGAGCAACAGAGCCCGGGACCAACGUCGCCCACCAGGAGACAGAACAAGGAGACCACAGUGACGAUUAAUAGUGUGACUUUCCCUCUGCCUGCCUCCAUGACAGAACAACAGCUGCUUAAACCAAACGAAUGGAGUUACUGUGACUACUUCUGGACUGAUAAGAAAGAUCCCCAGGCCAACAGCUACAUCAGCGGGUUUGAAGUUUUAUUGCAGAAACAACUGAAAGGGAAACAAAUGCAGAAAGAGAUGGCCGAAUUUGUACGAGAGAGGAUAAAAAUAGAGGAGGAAUACGCCAAGAACCUUUCCAAACUUGCCCAGAUCCCUCUAGCAGGCCAGGAAGAAGGGACACUUGGGAAGGCGUGGGCCCAAUUGAAGAAGAGCCUGGCUGAUGAAGCCGAGGUUCAUCUGAAGUUCUCCUCAAAACUGCAGAGUGAAGUGGAGAAACCUUUACUGAGCUUCAGGGAGAACUUUAAGAAGGACAUGAAGAGGUUGGACCAUCACAUUGCAGAUUUACGCAAGCAGCUCGUGGCUCGCUAUGCUUCUGUGGAAAAGGCCCGUAAAGCUCUGGCUGACAGACAGAAGGAGCUGGAGUUGAAAACACAGCAGCUGGAGAUCAAACUCAAUAGCAAGACUGAGGAAGAUAUCAAGAAAGCCCGAAGGAAAUCCACUCAAGCAGGAGAUGAGCUGAUGCGUUGUGUGGACCUAUACAACCAGUCCCAGUCCAAAUGGUUUGAGGAGAUGGUCACCACCAGUCUGGAAUUGGAACGGUUGGAGUUGGAGCGAGUGGAGAUGAUCCGGCAGCACUUGUGUCAGUACACCACGUUACGACACGAGACGGACAUGUUCAAUCAAAGUACGAUGGAGCCAGUGGACAAGCUUUUACAGUGUGUGGAUCCUGCCAAAGACAGAGAGCUCUGGGUGCAGGAGAAUAAGACUGGAGACAUCAGGCCUGUGGACAUUGAGAUAUAAAUUAGAAACAAGACAGCUCGGCUCUCCUUGCAAAAUCACCAAUGAUAUGACUUUGAACAAAGGGUGGGGAUGAGAAUCUUCCACCGAGAACCUGCUGAGGAUGAUGAUAGUCAGAUGAAGGCAACUAUUUCUUUAUGCACACUAAAAUGAUGCCAGGACUUUGUCUCAAGGGUGAAGAAAGACAGUGUACAUAUGUUCGAUGGCCCUUUGUCACUGUAUGCUUUUGCUCCAUGUUCUAAUUGUCACCCGUAUGACUUCAGAAGUGAAAAUGGUUUAACCCACGCUGCUGAGCAAAUUGCAUUCCGACCAAUGAGUCUUGUAUCACUGAAUUAUGACUGACCUGAUUCCCACGUGAAGUGGCCCUCACGCUCUUGCUAUACGUAUCUCCAUGUAGCUACGCGUUGACAGAUGAGGCAUUGACGUUUCAACUGCUGUGCUGACUGAUUUCAUUUGGACUACUUGUUAGUCGAUUCGAAUUAUUAUGGUUGAAAUAUAUAAUAUAUAACCACAGCGAGUCUUAUAAAUCAUUUGUAUAAUUGUACUCAUGCUACUUUUAGUGUAAUAUAAGCUUUACAAGGAUGUCCAAAUGUAGUUUUGUUCCCAAAUCUAAAUCGAUUUGACAUUCCAUAGAAUUGGGAUUAGCCAAAUGCCGAGUGCAGAAUAAAAAUGUACAAAUUGCAAAUUAAGAGCCAAAUCGGUUCACUGAAGGUCAACAGGGAAUAUUGGUCAUUUGUUAUCAUCAGGGGUUAUACAAUGUACACGCAAUGUGACAUGCAAUACUGAAGGGGCUCAAGGAUGGAAGAAAAUGAAUAAAAGACAAACUACACCUGA